CUCGGAACAAACAAGCCAUAUUCAUCACUUGGAGCCCGCCCACAAAUUCAGGCAACGCAGCAUAUCUCAACUCCAUUAAAAAUGACCACAACCGAUAAAUCGCCAGCUCCCUGGCGCGAUCUGCUCAAGUCUCAUAUGGACCAAACCCCAGGCUACGAGUUCACCAUUGCCACCGUGGGAUUUGACGAGAAUCAACGGCCAAUCCCUCGUGUCCGUACUUGUGGCUACCGCGGCUUCUUCCCGGAACUUAAGCUCCACCCGAAAUCACAGGAAGAUAUGGAGCAGCAGGUCAAGGAUGGCGGUAACCCGGAAACAUACGAGAGCGACAUGCUAUGCUUUACUACUGACAUCCGGAUGGAGAAGCUGGACCAACUCGAAACUUCCGGUCAUGCAGUUGAAGCUGUGUUCUGGUUGAAAGAUUUGAUGACCCAAUGGCGGGUCAAGGGGAAGGCAUUUGCAAUUGGGGAUCCGAGAGGAGGGGAUUUCGACGGAGAAAAAGACGCUCGCGAGGAUCUCCACGCUUCUUUGAGGGUUAAGGAGAAUUACGGGGGCUCUAUCGGUGAUUGGACUUGGGAACGAGCGGUUACAAAGUAUUUUGCGAACCACUCGCCACUCGCCAGGGGCUCAUUCAAAUUUCCAUCUCCCGGGCUACCUCGAUCCCAAGCUCCUAAUGAUCCAGCUUUGAAAAUGGGACAGAUAGUGGCAGAUUUACAUGACCCCGUGGCUCGAGCAAAUUUUAGGGUCGUGGUUAUUCAACCAGAGGAGGUUGAGCGACUAGAUAUUUCAAACCAGGAAGACAUGCGGAGAUGGAAAUGGACUCGAGGUAGCAAUGAAGCUGAAAAGGAACAGUCUAACUGGAUUGAGACAGAAGUAUGGCCAUGA